UGACACUGUGCUCGGCUGAGAGGCUGGCAGGGAAUGCGAGCGUCUCGGUAAACAGUGCAGGGAGGUAAUCUCUCCAGGGAACUGAGCGUGUGUGUGUGUGUAUGUGUGUAUGGUUGUUCUACAGCAGCAGUGAGAAGGAGGUGUUGCUGCUCUCUUGUCAUGGGUCACAGUGGCAGGAUGAGAAAGCUGUAAAUGGGGUCAGAGUCACUGACAGAAGAGGAGAUUCAGCUAAGGAUGAUGGUUGACAGGCCACCCAGUGAAAUGUGUUUUCAAGUGAAACAAGAAACCGAAACAUCCUGCCGGAGCCUUAUCUUCGUCUUCAUCCAUGGGUACAGCUGUGGCGCUUGUUACUCAUUGUAGAAAGUCUUGGUUGCACCAUUAGUUUCAAUAGGAAAAACCUAUUAGGCGGGCAGCAAUCUCUCAAUUACGACAGCACCUGAAGGCAGCAGUAGAUCCUGUAACUCAUUGAGAUUGCAGGUGUCACGCAUGGCUCCCCGGGCGGUCUGGCUCCUUGUCGUGUUCUCCGGUGUCCUGCUUGUGUGCUCCUGCUGGGCUUAUACCUGUCCGAGCAUCUGUCGCUGCAGCGCCGACACUUUUGAGUGCAGCAGAGACACUCAGCUGGCCUCUCGGGCAAGAGCAGCAUCCGUGCCUCGACUAAGGUUCAAUCAUCUGCCCUUGAAAGAAGUCCCAUCUCAUGCCUUUAAGGAGCUGAUCAACAUUACAGUAAUCGAGAUCUCCCAGAGCGACUGCAUCACUCGGAUACGGCGACACGCCUUCCUCUCCCUCCACAGCCUGCUCCAAAUAUCUGUGCAGAAUAUCAUCAGUCUGAGGGUUAUUGAAAAAGGGGCCUUCGCUGACCUGCCCAAGCUGGAACAUUUGAGCAUCUCUAACACGGGGCUGAUACACUUCCCAGACUUCACAACUAUCUCUUCCCUGGUGCCAUAUAUCAUCCUAGAAAUGACAGACAACAUGAGGAUUGACAUCAUUCCAGCCAAUUCGUUCCAGGGUAUCUCAGAGGAGUAUGUUGACAUGAACCUGGUUAGAAACGGCUUCAGGGGCAUACAAUCUCAUGCAUUCAAUGGAACCAAGCUCAGCACUCUGAUUUUGAGAGACAAUAAGUUUCUGCGUGACAUUGAAGAAGACGCUUUUGAAGGAGCCACAGGUCCGAGUUCUCUGGAUGUUUCGUCCACACCUCUGAGUUCCCUCCCCCCUAAAGGAUUGAGUCAGGUGAAGUUUCUGAAAGCCAUCUCUACCUUUGCUCUGAAGACCCUCCCUCCACUGGAAAGCCUGGCUGAGCUGCUGAAUGCCGAACUCACGUACCCCAGCCACUGCUGCGCUUUCCACACAUGGCGACGGAAACAAAGGGAAAGUGCCUUAAAGAACUUCACAAAGUUUUGUGAUCUCAGCGAAACUGAAAUAGAGCCCACUUCAGAUGGCAUGAAUCUUAUCGAUGCGAUCAACUUUCAGUAUCCGGACCUGGAAUUUGAUUGUCUCAACAACCCAUUUGUCAAGUGCACGCCAAAGCCAGAUGCUUUUAACCCCUGUGAGGACCUGCUGGGCUUUCCCUUCCUGCGCUGUCUCACCUGGAUAAUCACAGUGUUCGCAGUGACCGGUAACCUGGCUGUUCUGGCUAUGCUGCUAAUUAGCCACCGCAAUCUAACUAUCUCCAGAUUCCUUAUGUGUAACCUGGCCUUCGCUGACCUGUGCAUGGGGCUCUACCUGAUGCUCAUCGCCUUCAUGGACCUCCUCUCCCGUCACGAGUACUACAACUACUCCACGGACUGGCAGACAGGGCCCGGAUGUGGCAUAGCAGGAUUUUUUACAGUAUUUUCCAGCGAGCUCUCAGUAUACACAUUGACUGUGAUAAGCCUUGAACGCUGGCACACCAUCACCAAUGCCAUGCAUGUCAACAAGAGGCUGCGGAUGCACCAUGUGGCGGCGAUAAUGGGGGCAGGCUGGGGAUUCUCUCUGCUGGUAGCCCUGCUCCCUCUUGUGGGGGUCAGCAGUUACAGCAAAGUGAGCAUCUGUCUGCCCAUGGACAUCGACACGCUGGCUUCUCAGGUUUACGUGGUGGCUGUGCUCAUCCUCAAUGUUGUCGCUUUCCUGUUGGUCUGCUACUGUUACAUAUGCAUAUAUCUGAGUGUUCGCAACCCAGAGCACUCUACCCGUCACGGAGACACUAAGAUUGCCAAGCGCAUGGCCGUGCUCAUUUUUACAGACUUUGUGUGCAUGGCCCCAAUCUCUUUCUUCGCCAUCUCCGCUGCCCUGCGUAUGCCCCUCAUAACCGUGUCUCACUCAAAGAUCCUGCUCAUCCUUUUUUAUCCCAUCAACUCACUCUGCAAUCCUUUCUUGUACACCCUCUUCACACGGGCUUUCAGGAAGGACGUGUGCCUGCUGUUGGGUCGCUGCAGCGGCUUGUACAGGUCACAGAAUCUGGCUACACACCGCAACUGCUCCAAGAAAAUGCCCAAUGCUCAAUCACUUAGUUUCUAUGCCUUUCACAUUAAGAUGAAGGAUUGCUUUCUAAACAAGGGAGCCACAUGACCAUCAACACUGAGAAUUAUAUUAUGAACUUAAGAGGCAGCGUCUCCUGCUAGAAAUGUAGCAUUUCUUCAAACUUUAGGUCAGUGUGAAGAGAUUUUCAGUCUUGUACAUUAUCAGAUUUAAUCUAGGUUAGUUUACAAAGUGAGAAUUUCAUCAUUCAGGACUACGAGACUCCAAACUGAAGACAACGGGAGCUGCUGCUGCUUCCAUUUCUGCACGUGAUGUGGUACAUAGAAGACGAUGGAUGGAGGAGGAAUGGGGAACAAAUAAUACAGGCUAGAUUAUUUGCAAAGUUAUCCUGAAGCACUGAUGGUCCUUUAUGUUAAGAUCAAUCCUGUAUAUACAGCUUUUGUGUAAGAUGUUACAAGAGAUAUUUAGUUCUAUUCAUUUCAUUAUUCCGUCUUUAUAAACGUUGAGAUUUUGAGUUCAAACACAAUGAAGUAAAUGUGAUCUGGUGACUUGUCUACCAGAAAUAUUACUGUGGUACAAAAUGUCCUGGAUUUUCACAAGACCGUUUAAUAAAAUUGAAAAAAGUGUAGUGAAUCACUUGCUUUCAAUUUGUUUUCCCAUUUAGCUAAAAAUAAAUACGUAUAUUAUAGAAACUACUCGGCAUCAUGUUAGUGUCUUUCCAU